UCCUCUCUGGUUGUUUUUUUUUGCCUUUAAUAGAAUCUCUUUCAAUGACUGGUCAUCCAUUCUUUUAUGUUGUCUUCCUAUCUCUUUCUGUGCUGCCUCUUCUAUUUCCUGGUUCUGUUCCCUGCAGAAAGUUUUUUGCGAGCCCUGAAGACCUUGUGGUCAUAAAGGAAUAUGGUCAUAAAGUUUUAGUUUUCUGUUAUUGACAGUGGUUAGCUGGUCAUCUCUGGGCCCGAUUGUCAUUGUGAUCCAGUAUCUAAUCUUUUGUUUAUGUUUCAGUCUUUGUAUGUGAUAAUUAGGAUCAUUCUGUAGCAUAUAUCUAUGGCCAGGAUCCUCCUCUAUAGUUCUGCAGUUCAAGCAUAUAAGAAUGUGGCCAUGGCCAAAGUCUGAUUUAAGUGUGGAGGGCUAUACCUUUGUCUUUCUAAAUUGCUAUGAGUUAACCAAGUGCUCCUGUGAACUGGCCAGUAGUUCAGUUUUGGUUUCUUUAUCUGAAACAAUAGCUCUUAGGUAUUUAAAUUUACUUGUCAACUUUCUUUAAGCCUCCAAUACUAAUGUCUGUUGGCUAUUAGAGUCAUAAUUAGUGUUUUUUCAACAUUGAUUUGCACACCCUAUGCUGUGGAAGUCUUGUCUUUGAGCAACUAGUAAGCUAGUCCCUGCCAGACCAUCUAUGUAUUCAGCAAAGCACAAGAUGUAACCCUUGCUGCUGCCUGUUCGCCUCCUGGUGGCGGUAGAAAUCCUGUGUCACCAAGGUUAUUUCAACAUUUUUCCAUGUUCACCAUCCCAUCCCCAACUGAAAUGAGCCUAAAACAGAUGUUUUUAGCAAUCAUCAAUGGGUUUUUACUAGACUUCUCUCGCAAUGCCCGUACAUUAGCUGAACCAAUAGUUAACUCAGCUGUUGAACUCUAUUUUAGAAUGAGCUCAGACCUACUUCCUACGCCUGCCAAAUCUCACUACGUUUUCAAUCUGAGAGACCUUUCUAAAGUAGUCCAAGGUAUAUUGCAGGCUGAUGCAGGAAUCUUCCGUGAAAAAAUUCAAAAUGUUCGUCUAUUUAUUCACGAGACUCAAAGAGUGUUCCAUGAUCGACUGAUUAACAAUGAAGACAAGCUUUUCUUCCACAAACUUAUGGCAGAAAUUGUGUACCAAACAUUCAAUGAGAACUUUGAUCCGCAUUCAUUUAUCAAAGAUCCUUUACUGUUUGGUAAUUUCAUGAAGAUGGGAUGCCCACCAGAAGAGAAAUUUUAUGAGGAGAUAUCUGACAUGAACAAACUUCAACAUGUUUUAGGGGAGUAUCUAGAUGACCUUAACCUUACAUCACCUAAAGAAAUGCGUCUUGUGUUCUUUAUGGAUGCAAUGGAACAUAUUACUCGACUAGUCAGGAUGAUUCAACAAGAAAGAGGCAAUGCCUUAUUGGUUGGAGUGGGAGGAACAGGAAAACAGUCAUUAACAAGAUUGUCUGCCCACAUGUGUAACUAUCGCUGCUUCCAGAUUGAGCUCUUUCGAGGCUAUGACUAUUCUUCAUUCCACGAUGACCUAAAAAAAUUGUAUGAUACAGCAGGCAUUCAAAAUAAACCCACAAUUUUUUUAUUUACUGAUACACAGAUUGUGGUAGAAGAAUUUCUAGAAGAUAUUAACAACAUGCUGAACUCUGGAGAAGUUCCAAACUUGUUUGAACCUGACGAGUAUGAGAGGUUGAUAAUAGGCUGCAGACCAGGUGCUAAAGAGGCAGGAAUUCCUGAAGUAAAUAGAGAUGCUAUCUAUGACUAUUGUAUCCAUUGUGUCAGAAAUAAUCUGCACAUAGUAUUGUGCAUGUCUCCGGUGGGCUCUGCCUUUCGAUCAAGAUGCCAGAUGUUUCCAUCUUUGGUCAACUGUUGCACCAUAGACUGGUUCAUUGAAUGGCCGAAAGAAGCUCUUUUAGGAGUGGCACAGUCUUUCUUUAAAACCGUAUCUUUAGGAUGUUCAGAUGAAAUCAAAGUUCAGAAACAGGUGGCUAUCGAUGAAGCAAAAGCGAAAACAACUGCUGAAGAAACUCAGGCUAUAGCAGAUGAUGCUCAGCGAGACUUGAACGAGGCGCUACCUGCGCUGGAAGUUGCAGAGAAAGCUUUGUUAGCACUAGACAAAAAUGACAUUGCUGAGAUACGAGUAUUUACCAAACCUCCAGAACUUGUUCAGACAGUUCUAGAAGCUGUUGCCAUACUCUUAGGCAACAAGACAGACUGGGCGAGUUGUAAAGCCAUGCUGGCAGACACAAACUUCUUAAAAAAAAUGUAUGAAUAUGACAAAGAAAAUGUCCCAGCCGCCAAGCUGGCUAAAGUCAGGAAAUAUACAUCCAUGCCAAGUUUUGUACCUGACGUUGUAGCCAAAGUUUCAAAGGCUUGUAAAACUUUAGUCCUAUGGGUUCGAGCAAUUGAUGUUUACUCUGCUGUAGCUAAACAAGUUGAGCCAAAGAAACAAGCACUGGCUGAGGCUCAAGACAUUCUCAAUGAGGUUUUAAGUGUCCUCAAAGCUAAACAAGACCAACUGGCUGAAGUGGAGAAACAAAUUAAAAAUCUUCAGGCUGUCUUUGACAAGAGUAUGGCUGAAAAAAAAAGUUUGGAAAGAAACAUGGCUGUGACUGCCGCCAGAUUGAAACGCUCUUCCAAACUGACAACAGCUGAUGAACAAGUUCGUUGGGAGGAAAGUGUUGCCAACUUUGAUGUACAGUUGAAAAAUGUAGUAGGAGAUGUUUUUAUAGCAGCAGCUUGUGUAGCUUACUAUGGAGCCUUUACUUCUACUUACAGGCAAAAACUUGUAGAAGGUUGGACUAAACGAUUGAUUGAGCUUCAAAUACCUGCAACAGAAAAUAUGACUCUUGUGUCAGUCUUGGCAGAUAUAUAUGAAAUUCGACAAUGGAAUGCUGACGGUCUGCCAAGAGAUGCUGUGUCAAUUGAAAACGCUGUUCUUGUAACUAAAGGUCGCAGGUGGCCUUUGAUGAUUGACCCACAAGAACAGGCCAACAGAUGGAUCAGAAAUAGAGAGGCUCUAAAUAAGCUUAAAAUUAUUAAAUUAUCAAAUUCCAACUUUCUGAGAACACUGGAAGCUUGCAUAAGAGCAGGUUUACCUGUUUUGAUGGAGGAUGUUGGUGAAGCUUUGGAUCCAGCACUAGAACCUGUCUUGUUAAAACAAACCUUUAAACAGGGUGGGCGUGUGUUGAUUCGCUUGGGGGAUAGCGAUAUAGACUAUGAUCGAAACUUUCGCUUCUAUAUGACCACCAAACUUUCUAAUCCACAUUACUUGCCAGAAGUCUGCAUCAAAGUAACAGUUAUCUAUUUCACAGUCACCAAGAAAGGCCUUGAAGAUCAACUUCUUAGUGAUGUUGUCAGUUUAGAGAGACCAGACUUGGAAGAACAAAGAAAUGAACUCAUCAUGAGAAUCAAUGCUGAUAAGAACCAGCUGAAAUCUAUUGAAGAUAAAAUUCUGAAGUUACUUUUUGAAUCGGAAGGAAAUAUAUUGGACAAUGAAGAACUUAUCAAUACAUUGAAUGAUUCUAAGGUCACCUCAGCAGUUAUCAAACAAAGACUUGCUGAAUCCGAAACAACAGAAGAAAAGAUCAGUGUAGCCCGGGAGAAAUAUCGCUGUGUUGCUGAGAGGGGUUCUGUUAUGUACUUUGUGGUGUCUGACAUGGGGGAAGUAGAUCCCAUGUAUCAAUUCUCUCUCAAGUAUUUUAAACAGCUAUUUAACAAUACAAUCUCAACCAGUGAGAAGUCUGAUGACCUUCAAACACGACUGGACAUUUGCUUAGAAGAGACUACAGUAUGUAUUUACAAGAAUGUUUCUAGAGGUCUCUUUGAAAAACACAAGCUUGUAUUUUCAUUUUUGCUUUGCUCAGAGAUUAUGAAAACUGAAGGGGAAAUAACUCCCUUGGAGUGGAAUUUUUUUCUCCGUGGACCUAUUGGAGGUAUAGAGAAGCAAAAUGUCCCCAAACCAGAAAACACAACGUGGCUUCCAUUAAAUGUUUGGAAAAUGGCCUGCGAGAUGAGUGACACAUUUGAAGACUUCCGUUACAUCCAUUAUGAUUUGGAUAAAACACCUGUAUGGAUAAGACUGGAUGAAGGCCCUGAGGUUCGAGCCAAUCCUCCUCCGGAGCGCUAUCUCUACGCUAUCUUGGAUCCCCCUGAAUAUAACGAUGGUGAUCUGCCUCUUCCAGAUAGAGUUAAUGGAAAUUGGAAUGAUCGCCUGACAGCUUUUCAAAAAUUAAUGUUUGUUAAAGUUUUCCGUGAGGAAAGGAAUUGCCAUUUAGCUGCUUCAUGGAUGAAUGCCAUGGAAGACAUUAUUAAAAAUAUCCAGGAGACCAGUUCACUUUUACACAGCAACUUUAGACUCUAUCUGUCUUCAAUGCCCGCCAAACAUUUCCCUGUCAGUGUUCUUCAGAAUAGUGUCAAAGUCACUAAUGAGCCACCUAAGGGCAUUAGAGCCAAUCUAAGAAGGGCAUUCAUAGAUAUGUCAACUUCAUUUUUUGAAGACCACCCUCUGGGAAUGGACUGGAGGAAGAUCAUUUUUGGCAUUUGUUUUUUUCAUGCUGUUAUUCUUGAGAGGAAAAAAUUUGGACCAUUAGGCUGGAAUAUUACAUACGCUUUUAGUGAUAGUGACAGAGAGUGUGCAUUGCUCAACAUGGAAAUGUUUUGUAAAGAUGGUUACAUCCCUUGGGAGACACUGAUCUAUAUAACAGGAGAGAUUACCUAUGGUGGUCGAGUCACAGAUGCCCAAGAUCAAAGAUGUCUAAGGACAAUUUUAAAGUUUUUUUUCAGACCUGAAACCUUAAAACCAAAAUAUAAAUACUCAGAAUCAGGUAUUUACUAUCCACCUCUUGUCAAGACAUUGGCUACUGUCAAGGCUUACAUUGAAUCUCUACCACUUAUAGAUGAGCCAGAAAUGUUUGGGCUCCAUGAGAAUGCAAACAUAGCCUUUCAGUUGAAUGAAACCAAUGCUUUACUUGCUACAAUACUUGAUGUUCAACCGAGAAUCGUAGCUGCUGAUGGUGGGAUGUCUAAUGAUGAUAUUACUUAUGAACUUGCUGAGGCUGUCCUGGAUCGAUUGAUUGACAAACUGGAUAUUGAAAGAGCGAAUCCCAAUAUGUUUACACUUGACGCCAAAGGUCGCAUAAACUCUUUAACCAUAGUAUUGAUGCAAGAAACUGAAAGAUUCAAUAAACUGCUUAUAAUAAUCAAGUUUGCCUGUAAUGCACAUGGAUCCUCACCUAGACUAUGAACCAGAUUUAUCUCUCUAUCCAGCGCCACUCUACAAAACAGCUGCAAGAGCUGGCACACUUUCCACUACAGGACAUUCUACUAACUUUGUUGUAACUGUCCACCUUCCUUCAAGCAACACACAAGAUUACUGGAUAGCCAAAGGUGCAGCACUCUUAUGUCAAAUUUCUGAUUAAUUUUGCUUACAGAUAAGUUGUAAAGCAUUUAACAAUAAAAACAAUGUCCAUUACAAA